GUGAGGGACCACUCUCUCCUGACGAAGGGGACAUGAUCUAUGAGGAUGUGCACAGAGAAGAAGGGCCCCAGGGUGCAGGCAACGAUUGGAGCUCCAGUGAGUUUGAGAGCUAUGAGAGGCAGUCUGAUACCGAGAGCAAACUACCAACCCUCAGCAAGGUUCAUCAGCUAAUGAAGGCCGCCAGGAGCGGGGACCAAGGAUGGACUGGACAAGACCAGAAUAGCUUUUAUGCAGAAAGUCUCCUUCCUGCACAAGAAGGACCACUCAGAGGAUGUGGAGGAUGACGCAGGGUACCUGGAUGUGGCUGUGUCAGAUGUGAAACAUCCUCCUGCACAGCUGAGCCCUAUGCCUGAGGGACUGAGCAGCCAGCAGGUGGUCAGACGUCACAUCCUGGGCUCCAUCAUUCAGAGUGAGCGCAGAUAUCUUGAAUCCCUCAGGAGAAUCCUUGAGGAGUACCAGAGGCCCUUGCUGGAGGCGGACCCACGCAUCCUGAGCCCACAGAAGAUCCGGCCUGUAUUUUACCGCCUACGGGAGAUCACUCAGUGUCACUCCAUGUUCCAGAUCGCACUGGCGUCACGUGUGGCUGAGUGGGACAGCAGUGAGAAGAUUGGGGACCUAUUUGUGGCCUCGUUUUCUAAGUCGAUGGUGCUAGAUGUUUACAGCGACUAUGUCAAUAACUUCACCAAUGCCAUGGCACUCAUAAAAAAGGCAUGCAUGUCCAAACCAGCUUUCCUGGAAUUCUUAAAGAAGAAGCAGGCGUCCAGUGUUGACCGGAUCACCCUAUACGGCCUCAUGGUGAAACCCAUCCAACGCUUUCCCCAGUUCAUCCUUUUACUGCAGGACAUGCUGAAGAACACACCUAAGGGUGACGUAGACUGCCUGCCUCUGCAGCUGGCUCUGACUGAACUAGAAAUGCUGGCCGAGAAGCUGAAUGAACAGAAGCGUGUGGCCAACCAAAUAGCUGAGACUCAGCAGCUAGCACGCAGUGUCAGCGACCGCUCGCUCAGCAAGCAACUGAUCUCAGACCAGGGGUCUCUGGUGCUUUGUGAGACACUGAUUGAGACGGUGUAUGGGGAGCGAGGCCAGGUCCUGAAGUCUAAGGAGCGCAAAGUCUUCCUCUUCAACGAUAUCCUCAUCUGUGCCAACAUCAACGUCAAGGGGCCCCUUGAUAUCAGCAGCCUAGUACCUGUUGGUCCUAAGUACACCAUGAAGUGGAGUGCCCCCCUGCUGCAGGUCCAGGUAGUGGAGGUGGGUCAGGAGGCCUCCCAGGCCAAGGAGACCCUGUUCCAACAUGGAGGUGCCAAGCACCCUGGCAGUGCCUGUCCCCCAGGGAAAGUGAUCCUGGGUCCUCCACGGCUUUACCAGGAACUCCAGGACCUGCAGCACGACAUGUCUGUGCUGGAGGAGGUCACAUUACUGGUGGGAACACUACAGGGGACAUACCAGAACCUGAACACGACUGUGGCCCAGGACUGGUGUCUAGCUCUACAGAGACUCAUUCGGAUCAAGGAGGAUCAGCUUCAGAGUGCCAACAAGUGCCGCUUACGCCUGCAGGUGCCUGGGAGACCAGACAAGUCGGGACGUCCCGUCAGCUUCAUGGUGGUUUUCAACACCCCCAACCCCCUCAGCAAGAUCUCCUGGGUCAACCGGCUGCACCUGGCCAAGAUUGCGCAGCGAGAGGAGAACACACCAGGAUGGUUCUGUGCAGAGGAUGAAGGGAAGACCAUGGCACCAUUUUGGCCUUUACUGGCCUGCCGUGUGCCUGUCUUUACCACCAAAUCCUCGGACAGGAAGCUUGAAGCUGCCCUUCACAAUCCGGUACAGUUCUCUGCAGGGUGCACCUUGCUACCUCAAGGCUACCUCUGGGUGGCCAGCGGAGGAGAUGUCACCCAGGGGCAGGUGGAGAUAUUCUCCCUGAACAGGCCCACACUGCGUCCAGUGAAGACCCUCCAGGUGGGGGCCCCAGUGAGGUGUCUGGAGUAUGUGCCUGAACCCAGACCCUCAGAGGAGGUGGAGGUUGUAGCCUUCAGGAGCUCUACUGGGGUGGGGAACACCAUCUGUUUGGGACUAGAUGAUGGAAGCAUCCUGGUGUAUGGCAGUGUGAACACUGAGGCCCAGUGCCUGUUGAACCUGCGGAAACCUCAUAGCUGCCCUGUCCUGUGCCUUAAACAUUGCACCAACUUCCUGUUUGCUGGGCUCAGGGAUGGAACCAUGAUGGUCUAUGGAAGAAGUAAUGGAGGUGAGCUGUGGGAGCCAGACUCCUGCAGGACUGUUAUUGUGGGCCCAGAGCCGGUGCGGACUCUUCUGGUACUGGAGGACUCUAUGUGGGCCAGCUGUGCCAACUCUGUGACCGUCAUCGAGGGCUCCAGCCUUGCCACCCAGAGGUUUGAGGUGCACCCAGACCCCAUGGUGAGCGUGGCCCAUAUGGUGCGGGCUGGGGGAGGAGUUUGGAUGGCCUUUAGUGAGGGCUCUUCUAUUCGCCUGUUCCACACUGAGACACUGGAGCAUCUGCAGGAAAUCAACAUCUCCACGCGAGUAUCUUUGCACAACCCAGGCCAGAAGAGCAUGCGUGUCACCAGCCUGCUCAUCUACCAGGGGCUGCUGUGGGUGGGCACUGUUCAGGGAAUCAUCAUCACUCUGCCCGUGCCCAAACUGGAGGGCAUCCCCAAAAUAACAGGAAAGGGGAUGACCUCUCUGAAUGCCCACUGUGGUCCGGUGGACUUCCUGGUGGCCACGUCCAGCACCCUGUCCCCAGAGCUACUGAAGAGGGAUUCUGUGGCGGACGGACCUGACUCUGCCUGCGGAGAGGAGGACCGCAGUGACUCCUCCUCCCAGGAGUCUCUGUCGCAAUCAGGCUCCUCCCAGGGGAGGGGGGGCAAGGGGCGGGGUGUGCUGCUACAGUACAGGUUGCGCUCCACUUCGGGGUUGCCAGGGCGACCUCUAACGGCGGGGGGCGAUGAAGCAUCGGACUCCUCCCUGGAGUCUUUGGAGCACAGCCUGGAGGACGGCUUAAUCUAUGAGUUCAGUGACGACCCAGAGUUGUGGGUGCGGGGACGCCCCUGUGAGUGGGACAGGGGGCGCAGGGACAGAGUGACCUCGGCAGCGGUCAUAUCUGGGGGCAGGGGCUUCCACAGACUGAGGGAAGGGACAACGGAGCAGGCAGGGGUGGAGUCUUCAGAAACCACCCUGAUGGUAUGGCAACUACCACUGACAGUGUGAUCUGGGUAUCAACAUUCAGGCAGUGUAGAGGGGAGAAGCAGAUCUUUGCCCCAGCCCUGAAUCCUCUCCAUCCCGUAAUUCCAGGAACAUGAACCAUGUGAAAAAGGACAUUAGUGCUGGCACAGAGCACAAGGCCAGUUGAUGACUCUUUGUGUUAGGGAGCUCCUGCAUGCUCCAUCUGAGCAUGGGGCACUGCCAUCCCAUUGGUGGAUCUGGAUGGCCCUGCUUACUCAUUCUCAGCCACAGGCCCAGAGCCUUUCUCGUGACAGCUUAAACUGGUCCUCUCCCCUCCUUACAAAAAUGGAUAUGCCGAAAUCAAGCAUCAUCAGAGCUGACAGUGCUUGCCUCACACACAGAUUUCUCUCCCAUGGUUGACAGCCUUCCUUUGUGAGUAAGAAUGGACCACAUUCCUUUGAGAGUGACACUUUGUUGAAUCUACCAUGCUGCAGUGCCGAAGAUGGACCUCUUUUAUCUGAUCCUUUGGGAGAGAAGCCAUCUGUUUAGGACUGAGAAAAGCUGAGAAACUACUGUAGGUGUACAAAGUACUUCACUGUUAUUUAGUUCUAUUAGUUCAGCAAACCUCAAGCACUCCCUGGCAAUGUGAAAUAUGUGAAAUGUCUGUCAAUGUGUCACAAGUGAAUCUGUGCUUUUAGAAAAAUGAAAGCGUGUUGGACGCUGACUGUGAGUCCUUAAUCGCCCGAUUUUUUUUCCUGCUGCAUAAAUAGAUAGGUUAUCUGAGAUAUGAGAGGGAAUAGAAGGCAAUGUCUUUGAUGUGUCCUGGUCUAUCAGAGUUUAGUAGUUUUACAUUUAAAUGUUCCCACUUCUAUUACUACAAAGUACAAAAUGCACACCAUACAUGUUUCUUGUGGAUGACGAUGAUAUUGUCAAUUUUAAGUCAGUUAAAGCAAAUACAUAUCCACACCAGCAUGAUAAUAUGCAACAAACUUCAUUUAACCUAUGUUACACAUCAAAAGGCCUACUGAAUUAACUACAAAAGACAACGGCUACAACUAGACGCCAUUAGUGGCUGUGUGGAGGCACCUAAAAGGGAGAAUGCUUUGUAUGGGUUUUUGUGGCAAUUUAACACACACAAACCUUUGAUAAAUCUAUCCCCUAGUGUCCUUAAGCAUUUUUAUCUCCUUUCGUUCACUCCCUGUUUGAAGCCAUUGCCAUCGGUGGUUUGGUGUGCUAACAGAGACAUAGUAAUCUCCUGCCCUGUUUCUGUUUCUAUUCUAUUCUGCUACAAUGGAAAUGGCCUACCUUUGACAAUGUCUUUGAAAAGAGUUGAUUGACAAAUUAAUUCAGAUGUUUGGCUAUGAAUGCAUGGUGUUGAAGACUUAGUGUUAUUUUGAGUUUCCUAUGCUGCUGGAUGAAAAUGAUGGUUGAUUCCAUAUUUUUUCACCACUUCUAUAGAAUCUGUUGUAUUAUUCCCCUUACAUCUCCGUACCCGCGUUCUCUUUUUCAUCCCAGUAGAAGGUCAUGCUUUCUAUGGUUCUGAAACAUUAUUUUAUUUUACUUCGUCUCCCCGGCAUUAAUAUACAGUUUCUUUGUUUAACAGGUCAAGGUCAACAGAAAACAUAACUCAGUACAGUGUUGCGUUGUUUCUAUCAAAAUGUACAGUGCACAUGAUAAAAGCUGUUGAAAGCCUACUGUACAAGACUUGUUUAGUGUUCCUAUGAUAAUACUAUUCUACAACACUAUUCUGGAGGUCACCCACAUGUCAAGGUUAUUUGGAUGUAGCCAGAGUGUAUGAUUGAGUAACCUUUAUGUAGUAUACAUCAUUGGCGGUCGGUGCUGUUUAAGAUGAGGGAGGCCAAUCUUUUUUUUUUAAAUGAGAAUGGCCUUAUUUCUAUUACAGCAUAUUGGAUGAUUGUCAUUCACAUUCCAUUCACCCAGCUAGCUCAAUGUAACAUCGAUAGGUUUAGGCUACUACAUGAUACUCAAAUUUUCCCUAUACCCAUCAUGAGGUUACAACCUAGCUUCCAAAUUAAAGUUUACGACGUAGGUGCACAGGUGGAGAGAGAAAUGACAUAUUCAAUAUCGCCUUGCAGAAUCUUGCCUGCAUCUAGUUGAUCUAGGGUGUAAUCAUUAGUCCAUCAGUUGCAAAUGAGAGUUUCUAUUGGACAAAUUCAGGUAUGUUUAUCCCUGUUUCAUUCUGUUUGCUUCCAUUUAAGUUUUUCAACAGAAUCGGCAGAAUGAAUACACCCCUGACCACCGCAAACACAGUUGACUUUCAUAGCAGCCACAUACAAACAGCAUGAUCAUUUGCUUGUUGUAUAAUUCCUUCUCGCAUCUACAGUACGCAUUCUCAUCAUCUUAUACUUUCGCUUUCUCUUGUGGGAUUCAUAUCUUAAUGUGUAUCUUAAUGUGUGUCCGUCCUCUCAUCCUUUCCCAUCAUUUUAGCCUCAAUAUUAUUUUAUCUAUUCACACUCAUAAAUGGAGAUUGUCUAUUAUAACUUUACACUCAUACUAACCAUGCUGUCUGUUCCUAUAAAACUGAUUUUGCAGCUACUAGAAGCUACCCAUACUUUGACUCUCAUUCACAUAAUUGAAAAUAAUGUGCCCUUAUAAUACUAUAGACUUUGACACCCCUGUGGUAGAGAAAGAGGCUUAUGAUAAGUCACUCGGUUUAACUUUUGAACAUGAUGAAAUAAUGUGAAGCAGUUGUAUAUGUGGAUAGAGUGAGCAGUUUAACAUUAGAUGUACAGUAUAAUGUUAAGUUACAUUGCACAUAUAAAACAUUGCUUAACUCCAUUAAAUGUCAAUUCCAAUUUCCCUUUGGUACGUUAAUGAAUACAUGCUUACAUACUGUACUUUGAAAGUGUUUCAUAAUUCAUGUGUAAUACGUCAAUGUUAAAUAAAUACUUCAUAGCGAUAA